ACAAUAACGAAAAAAAAAAAUAAAAAUAAAAAUGUCGAAAUUAAAUAAAGAUAUUCUUUAUUUAAUAUUUGAAGAAUUACAAGAUAAUAAGGAGUAUCUUGCUUCAUGCCUUACAGUUAAUAAAACUUGGUGUGAAAUAGUUAUUCCAAUAUUGUGGAAAAAUCCCUGGAGAUACUACUUAAAUAAUAAGAAGGAAUUAUCAUUAUUAAACACAAUCGUUUCACAUUUAUUAGAUGAAGCAGGAAAUGGAUUAAGUCAGCAUUAUAAUUUUUUUGCAAAUUCAUGUAAGAAACCCUUAUUUAAUUAUAUUAGUUUUUGUAAACAUUUAAAUUUAGAAAGAAUCGAAGAGUUAAUUAAAGGGACCAAUAUUAACGAUAUAAAUGAUAUACUUAAUCUUUUCAUUAAUGAAAAUAUGGAAUAUACACACCUUUAUAUAUCCCAAAAUUUUGAUUAUAAUUUCAUAACUGGAGCAGAAAUUUGUUUUUCAAAAAUUGAAUUUCUUAAGUUUAAUAGUAUAGGUAAUGAUAAGUUUUUAUCAAUAUUAACGAAAGUGUGCAAAUCGAUUAAAGUAUUGAAACUUAAUAUUUAUGGACCUGAUUACAACGAUGGAAUUGUCAAGUUAAUUGAAAACCAAAAAAAAUUAUUUGAUAUUAGUUUUCUAGAUAUUGACAAACCAUCUUGUAAAAUUAUUGAAAAUUCAUUGAUCAAACAUGCAAAUACUAUACAAUAUAUUAGUACAUGUGAACAAUUUGAAUCAAAAGUUUUUAGGUCUUUUGUAAAUUUAAAAAUUCUGGAAUUGAAUGGUAACAAGACCAAUAAAGAAUGGUAUAAUAUAAGGAAUUUAUUUUUACCUUCUUUACAAGCUUUAAAUGCUAUUGAUAUUCCAAUUGAUUGGUUUGCAAAUUUAAUUGAAAGUUCGGGAAAAAAACUUACCAAAAUUUCUUAUUAUAAUUCUGAUAAAAAUGCUAAUAAUGAGGUUUAUAAUAGAAUACUUAUUCAAGCUAUUUAUAACAAUUGUCCAAAUAUUAUGUAUCUUGAAUUAUUAUAUAAGAACGAGAAUAUUUUAGAUUUAGAAAAAUUAUUAAUUAAUUGUCAAUAUCUAAAAAGAUUAGGUUUUUAUUGUUAUUAUCGUGAAAAUUUAUUUUGUCAAACUGAAAUACAAAAAUAUAUUGAGUGGGAUAAUUUAUUCAAUAUUUUAGCUAUAUCAUCACCACUUGGUUUGUUUGAAUUCAAUUUUAAAGGUACGAAUGAAAAACCUGAAUUGGAAUCUUUAAAACUAUUUUUUGAUAAUUGGGAAGGUAGACAUCCUAUUAUUUUAAAAUUUCAAAUGGAGGGAAAUUAUCGUAAAGUAAUAAAUGAUGAAUUAAUUGAUCUUGUAAAAAGAUAUAAAGAAAAGGGUGUAAUUAAAGAUUAUGUCUAUUAUUCCAAUUUUUUUCAUCGUGGAUAUACAAAUAUAUUAGAUAAAUAUAUAGUAGAAGUAGCAAAAAAGAAAAAACGACUGGAACAAGAUUAAUUAUUAUGAUAGAUAACUUUUUUAGUAUACAAAUUAAAAUAAUAGCCAUAUAGGGGAUUGGGGAUUUCAUUUAUUUAUUUUCUUCAUAUUUGAUGAUAUUUACGUUACCAUACGUAAAAUUUCAUAAUAUUUCAUUAUUUAUAUUAAUAAAGUAUCUAUUUUCAAUACAAGUAGGGAUUUAUUAUUAUGCUAUGACACAUUGAAAUAUAUAUAUAUAUAUAUAUAUAUUUUUUAUGCAAGUAUUUAAAUUUACACGGACAUGAAACGAUUGCAACGAUUAUAAUUUCAAUAGGAAUUUUCAUAGUUGUGACACUGUUAUGAAAUGACAGAAAUGACGAUUAGUUA